AUGGACCUCUACCAGGAGGCGGUGGAUUAUCUGGAGUCACAACAUGUAUCAGGUGAGAGAGUGGGGUGGACUUGUGUUUAUUUUCUUAUCGUAAAAAAGGAAACAUAUGAGAUUUAUUUUCUUUUUGGGGGUCACAACUCUCUCCAGAACUCAACGACCUGAGAAAACUGAAAGUCAUGUUUUUGUUUUGGUUGAAAAUGCACCGUCACUGCUUUAGAUUUGAAGGGUAAAUGCACAUUUAUUCAGGCAUCAAGGAGGAAGUGUGUAUGUAUAGAAACUCAUCUGUUAUUACUCAUAAACUUCCACAUGUGUAAAUGUGUUUGUGUGCAGUUGAAGCAGAGGUGGACGCCUUGGAGGAGGAGGAUGUGUUCCAGGAGGAGGCAGCGUCGCCUUUACUCUCUCCUCUCCACCAUGAGACCCUAGAUUUCCCAGAAACCCUUGUGAGUAUGGGUCAUUCUUAUGAGAUGUAUUUGGUGGUUUCUUUAUUUGUUGAAUUUAAACUGUCCCCUACUUCAAACUAAAACAAAAGUAAUGUUUGUCUUUAAACUUUACCUGCUUAUUUCUUUGUCAUUCAGACCUUACACAGCCCAGAGGAGUUGCUUGAAAGGAGGCUGGUGGUCCUUAAAGGCAUCCUGGAGGCUGAGGAGGUUUAUCUCAGAGAGCUGGAGGCUCUGCUGAUGGUAACAUAACAACUUUAUCUAUCUUAUAUACGCAUCAACAUUUCAACGUCAGCUCAUAAACUCUCAUUAUUUGGCUGUUGCAAAAAAGGGGAAACCUGUGGUGAGGUGAUUAGCCUACUAUGACUGUCAACUUCCUCUGUGUUGUUGAAAAAUUAACAUGAGCACACGAGUGACCGGUCUGUAGUUUUUAAAGUGUUUUCAGCAGUCACGUGCGCGUUUUCCUUUCUGUGGUUAGCGUUGUGUGGUACAGUGCAGCUCGAAUAGAAAGUAGGUUCACAUCUCAUGUGUAAAAAUAUACGUGUGAGCACGCUGUUGCUUCUGGACAGGAUACAGAACGAGUUGUUUCUUUUGUUUUCACAAGUUUUGAAUGCUUGAAUGUUACUUCAUAACGUUUGAAAUUAACUUUUCAGACAUGAUAGAAAUGAACGAUAGAAAUGAAAUAUAUGCAGAUACACUUGUUAGAGACUAAACUAUGAUUGCCUCGAUGUAGUGGUCCGAAAUAUGAAAAAUGGCUCAUCUUACCCCACUCUCCCCUAUGUGCCAAAGUUUAGAGGCUUCUCAAAUGUAUGCAAAUGAAGCUUCGGGGUUAAAAGUAGACUUUACACUUCUCUUCACACCUCACCACUCGCCUUUUUUCUCACUCUUUUUUUGUUUCUUUCUCACCCACAUCGGUCAGCCUCUGCUUGUGCAGCCUCAUGAUGAAACGGAUCCUUUUCUGUGUUUUUGUAGCCCAUGAAAGCUCUGCGGGCCGCGGCGGGGACCUCACAACCACUUCUGUCCAGUCGUCAGGUCCAGACUGUUUUCUACCAGGUUCCCGAGCUCAGAGACAUGCACCAGAGCUUCUACUCGGACCUGAAGGCCAGGUUGAGUGCGUACUGUCAGGAUGAACCUCAGCUGAGUGAGGAGGGAGAGACACACCAUCCAGGUUUUGAGCUGAUAGUGGGGGACCUCUUCCUGAAAAUAGUAAGUUCUUGUCAGGUGCAAAUAUUGACUUGACUCCCCGUAAAAAUUCUAACAAAAGGUUUUUCAGCUGUUUUUUUUUUAAUAGUAUUAGAUGUCCUUAAUAACAUACUAAAAGUUUACCAAAGUUUGACUGCUAGAAAGGUGUCAUUUUCAAGAUGGCGUCCAUGGACUCUGGCACGUUCUUGAGGUUCUUGGUUCUCUCUCUGUCAUCUUUAGGUGAACCAGCUCGGUCUGUACGGGGGUUUCAUCGGAAACUAUGAGGAAGCUGUGGAAAUAGUCAGAAAGUGUUCCCUCUCAGAUGAACGUUUCAGGAUUCUGGCCCAGGUACAGCAGAGCCCACUCUUUAGGUCACAAACCACAUGUGAGGUUAUUCCCUUCAGUCUGACGUUGAUUUUCACUUUAACAGAGCAUGAUGACUAACGGCUCAGACAAUACUCGGACCAAAUACACACUUGAAGGUACUUCCUCUGAUUUAUGUCUUUAUUCUAGCAGCUCUAACUCUACAUUGACUCACUGUUGUUGUUUUUAUUUUUGCAGCUCUGUUGUACAAACCUCUGGACAGAGUCACUAAAACAACACUAGUGCUGCGUGUGAGUGAAUCCAUCCACUCUUGACGCUCUUAUUCUCUGAUUUUGCUCGUCUUUUUUUCGUUUCACUUUUCACUUUGUCUUCUCUAAAGGAUCUCCUGAAGACGACACCGGCUGAGCAUAAAGACUAUCCCUCCUUACAGGAAGCUCUGAGAUUGUCUUGCAGCUUCCUGUCUGGGGUCAAUGAGAAUUCACAGAGCAGACGAGAGGUCACGCUCAGUCACGGCAUGGUGAGAAACGAAAUCUAGAGAGGACGGGGUUUAAUAUGCCUCAGAUCUCUCAGUAUGUUAAAGGGAUAUUCCACGUAAAAUUAAUUUAGGGUCAAACACACUGUAACACCGCGUUAGACACCCCCUCGAGAGAUGAAUAUUGCCGACCGCUUACUUCUCUAGUUAUACCAACUUUAGUAACAACCGCACGAUAGCAAUACACAGUGGUCUGAGGCGCCAUCAUCAAACCUCAACCAAAAAGCCACACUAUAGCCACAAAUAAUGCUCAGAACAGCACCUAACUUCAUCAACAGUACAUAUAGGAUCCCAGCCAUAACACUAGCCACCAUUUCUUUAGCAAAGAGACUAAACACAACUCACCUACUCUCUUCCAGCAGCUGCUUGUUUGUAGCGAGACCUCGAGCCAGUCCAUUUUGGACUGCUGCGGGGUGACGCAGCUCAAGGAAGAACACUUAUGAUCAUUACUUUAUCAUUUCCUUGAAGUAAUAAUCAUCAUAUUAGGUCUCGCUACAAACAAGCUGCUGCUGGAAGACAGUAGGUGAGUUGUGUUUAGUCUCUUUACUAAAGAAAUCAGGCAAAGUUAAAAAGAUGUUUGGUGGCUAGUGCUGUGGCUGUGACCCCAUAUGUACUGUUGAUGAAGUUAGGUGCUGUUCUGAGCAUUAUUUGUGGCUAUAGAGUGGCGUUUUGGUUGAGGUUUGUUUGUGGCUCCUCAGACCGCUGUGUAUUGCUAUCAUGCGGUCGUUACUAAAGUUGGUAUAACUAGAGAAGUAAGCAGUCGGCAACAUUCAACUCUCGAGUGGGUGUCUAACUCUGUGUUACAGUGUGUUUGACUCUAACUUAAUUUUACGCCGGAAUAUCCCUUUAAUAAAAGUGUGUGUGUGUGUGUGUGUGUGUGGGUGUGUUUGUUUAUGACCUCAGAGACGUCAGCUGAUGCGUGACGGCUUUGUGCUCGACACAAGCGACGGCGAACGCAGCCUGCGUCACCUCUUCCUCUACACUGACCUCCUGCUCUGCACCAGAUUCAAACCUGCAAGCAGAGGGUGAGUGCUGCAAGAGAAAGCAGAGGUGGCUUGUGGGAAAUAUACUCUUGGUUUUUAAGGUUUGACAUGCUUUUCUCUGUUCCAGAAAGCAGGACCAGUACAGGUUCUGCUGGUUUCUGCCUCUCGCCGGUUUGAAACUCCAGUGGGUUGCAGAGCAGGAGCGUUCGGCAGACGCCCAGCUUCGCUUACACUCCAUAAGAACUAAGAUGUACCACCUCAGGCAGCAGCUACGCCAGCACACAGUAUGUUUGAAACACGAGGGAUUAGCUGUUUUUGAGUAAAUCAGCGAAUCACUAACAUGGAUUUCUGUGUGAAUAAAGGGGUAUUUAGCGACUCGCAACAGAAAGAAGCUGGAGCAGAUGGAGCUGAUGCUGCUCAAACACUCACCUGUGUACAGACUGGAGCUGCACAGCCCCAGUGGAAAGGUAAGACACACAUAUAUAAACACCAUGAUGCUGAGAGGACAAGUAAAAUGAAACAAACUUUGUCUUCUGUUGUUUAUAGAGUCAAAGUCUCCUCUUCUCCUCCCUGUAUGAGCUCGAAGACUGGAGAGAGGCCGUCCACAAACUCACUACAGACAGUAAGUGUGAAAGCUGUUGACUGUAUGAAGCAAAAGAUGGCCGUCUUCAUAUUGGGGAUGCUAACCUAAUCAAGGUUUAAGCUAAUCUAGAAACCCUAAAGGAGAGGAGAGCAACAAUCAAUAGAUGGCAAUGGGCUGUAAACAUGUUUAUCUUGGCUAAAAAAGCCAACUCAGCCAAAUGGGCUCUAGUGGGACUUCCCCUGUGGACACUUGAGGAACUGCACUUAUAUCCACUUCUGCAUUAGCUUCAUUUUUCAACACCGCAGAGGUUCCUGUUUGGUGUAAACACAAAAUAUACCAGAGGAUGAUCUAAACAGUUAUUUUUAAAGAUCCUCAAACACUGGAAAACCCUCGUUACUCAAACACAUCUAAACUGUACGACAGUCGGUACGUCAUCAAACUGAUUUCCUGCUCUUUCGUCCUCUUUUCAGGAGGUUAGUAAUAAAGACUGUUUAGACUGUUUCUAGUAGAGACAACACUGAAUAAUAAAGAGGCUUCAAUAACCGCAGUAGUUUCUGAGCGGUAAAAACCACAGUGUGUGAAAAUGGACUGCUGCAGUGACAAGAUGAACAAGGGUGACUGGUGUGGAACAUGUUUUAAAAGUCUGCCUCCUCCCCUUUAUUAGUGCUGUGAAAACUGGGUUAAAAAAUGUUAAGAAGAAAAGAUGGGCCAAAAAAAUACUAAAAAAUAAAAAAAUAGAAAAUACAAAGUUACUCAAAGUUUUUAUUGUUAAUAAAAAUUAUAAAUGUGCACAGCCAACAAAAUUAAUGCUGAGACUGAAAACUUGUUAAUCACUCAUUUUAAAUCUGUUUUUAAGUAUUUUACAACAUUAUUAAUUAUUAGAAAAAACAAAAAGCACAUCACUUAACUGUAAUUAAGUCUCAUGAUUAUCAAAGUAGAGACAUUUAAGCAUUAUUAGGUGUAUCGUCUCAGUCAAAAAGGUGUCUUACAGUGAUGAUUGAAAUGCUCAGCUUGUGUCACACAAACAUGAGCACUAGACUGAAAAAACUCUGCUUUUAAUAUGAAAUUGAGUUUGUGAACUUUAUUUAUAUAGCACGUUUCACAGACAAAAAGUCAGAAAGUGCUUCACAUAAACAAAAAGUAAAAAAAGUAAUCUCAACUUUAAUCUAAUGCACUUAAAUAAUCCUCCUUUUGUGACCUGAUUGUUUUCUAUCUUUGCUCAGACCUUGAAACCGUCCCUCCAGACCUCCUCACCCUCACCAGUGCUUGUGUGAAACUGAGAAUGACGCAGCAGCCGCCACUGCACAGCUCACACGACGGUAAAACCACCGUCACGUUUACCUCUGUCCUCUUAUUUGGACCACAGAACCACAUCCUGGCAGGACUUAAUAACCCUUGCAGAACUCUUAUAAUGUCUCUUUCAUCCUGCUGUUGAUUGAAAUGGUUAAAUCCAAAAAACUUCAAGUUAAAAGUUGUUUUUCUGUCACCAGGCGGGGACGAGAAGGGUCUAUGUGGGACCCUGACCGUGGCGAUCCACUCUGCCUGUGGGCUGCAGCACCCAGCAUGUUUGUUUCAUACCCUUUUCUUCAAAUUAAACAGUUCUUGAGUUCCUCUUUCUGGUUAAAACUAAACCCUGUUUUGGUUUUCUUUCUAUUUUAGGCGUGUAUGUGUGUGUGGAAGUGGACGGGUAUGAAUUCUACGAUAAGCAAGCCCAAACACACUCAUCUGUCCGCAGUCUGAGCCCAUUCUGGGAUCAGGUUAGGAGCAUACUGGUCUCUAAAACUGAUGUAAAAGGCAGGUGAUUUGUCAGCUGGUCUGGUGGAGGUCUUCUUUACGUCUAGACGGACUUUAGUGGAUUUAAAAGUCAGAUCUGUAGCCGUGCUUUAAACCUGAUCAGCAGCUGUCAAAUCUCCUCUAAAUCCAGCUGGUAUCCACGAUCAAAGCACUUAAAAACCAGACGUGAUGCUUCUGGUUUUAACGUGUCAGUUUCUUCUUUUUUUGUGGUCAAACAGGAGCUGUCGUUCCAGGUGGACGGGGCAAAAGAGCUGAGGGUGAUCUGUGUGAGUCAGGGAGAUGGACAGGAUGAUACAGUCCUGGGAAAAGCUGCUGUUGGGGUAUAAAGAUUUGCUAAAAUUCAACUUUAACUGUAUUUAUUAUUCGAAAAAGCAAAUGUGGAGCUCUCAUCUGUGGUUUUCUCAUGUUUUUUUUAUGCCAUAGUUGGACGCUAAUACUUUAAAUAAGAAAUGGAGGAGACAGACUCUACACCUGGGCCAGGCGGAGCUGACCCUCUCUCUGAAGUACUGUUCCCACCCGCUUGAACCGCCCAGCUCUACAACUCAAACACAGCCUAUCUUCUGUGUCCCCAUCGAUACUGCAGCUCAGUAAGUCCCCGUUUGUUUUCUUUGAUUUAGUCUAGACUUGAGCGUGCGUCAGAGAAAGCUGUUGCAGAGUUUUAUUUCCUCAUAGAAAGGGAGCUUACAGGAAAGCAAAAGUGUGUCAAGACUGAAAUCUAAAUAGAGUGUUUUUUUUUUUCCCCUGAAUAUGCGUUCAUUUUUUCUCCAGACAGGAGGGGGUUUUGGUCCCUCAUGUUGUGCGCUGCUGUGUGGAGGAGGUGGAGAGGAGAGGCAUGGCUGAGGUCGGCAUCUACAGGAUAUCAGGGACAACAAGUGACAUCAACUCACUCAAGGCUGCGUUCAACAGCAGUAAGGAAACAUAAAACCAUAAAACCUUUGACUAUAAAGAGGUUUCAGACUCAGGACUGUGCAGGUUUUAGACUUUUUAGAAUGUUUCCAUAAGUGUUGGGAUGCAAAAUUACUCUUCUGCAACAAACUGAACUUGAGUAGUUUAGUUGAUUAUGUAUUAAUCCUCUGGAGAAUAUGACCAAAAUGGCACUAAACCCUAAAAAUAUUAUCGUUGUUCACUUUAAAUAGAUUAAAAUUACCUUGGACUAGCACUUCAGAAAAUGUGUGAUCAAAAAAAGUUACUGUGGUUCACCCUCUGGGAAGAGUGACUUUGAAAAGCACCAAAUUUUGACACCAUACCUAUAAAAGUCAAGAUUUUACACUUUUUUUAAAAACACUUUAAACAGAAAGAUUAUCCUUUAGAGAAGCGUACAAGGAAAAUAAGUAAGACAAAGUAAAAAGAAAAAGUAAUCGUGAUUCAUCCUCUGUGGAAUAUGACUUAAAUAGAUGUCAAUUUAACAUCACUCUUUAAAAAAACAAGAUUGUGCACUUUCACUUUCAAAAACUAUUGCCUUUGAGAAAAAAAAAAGUCCAAUUAAGUUAUUUUGGUUCAUCCUCUCGAGAAAAUGACUUUGGAAAUUCCCAAUUUUAACACAAGCCCUAUAAAAGUCAGGAUUUCACACUUUUUUCUUUAUACUUUUAACAGAAAAAUUAUCCUUUAGAGAAGUGUACAAGGAAAAUGUAUAAUGAAAAGUAAUUGUGGUUCAUCCCCCGGGGAAUCUGACUUUCAUAAAUUCCAAUUUUACAUCACUUAAUAAAAAAAAAAAAAGAUUGUGCACUUUUACUUUCAAAAACUAUUGCCUUAGAGAAAAAAAAAAGUCCAAUAAAGUUAUUUUGGUUCGUCCUCUGGAGGAAAUGACUUUAAAAAAGUACCACAUUUUUGCACCAGCCCUUAUAAAAAAAAACAAGAUUUUACACUUGUUUUUUUUUUUUUUUUACACUUUUAACAAAAAAUGUAUCCUUUAGAGAAAGUUUUUAAGGAAUAGUAAUUGUGAUUCAUCCUCUGGGGAAUCUGACCUUAAUAAUUGUCAAUUUUACAUCAGUAAAUAAAAAAUAAUAAAAUUUAGCAUUUUCAACAGAGCAGUGGUUCAACUUUUGCCUUGAGAAAAAAAACGUGUUCAACAAAGUAAUUAUGGUUCAUCCUCUGGAGGAAACGACUCCUAAAAAUACAAAAUUUAACACCAGCCCACACAAAGUCAGCAUUUUACACUCUUAGAAGAAAAAUUAUCCCUUGGAGAAACUCAUUAAAAAAAAACAACAACUUAUGAUUCAUCCUCUGGGGAAUGUGACUUUGUAAAGAAUAGAUCAGAAAUUAAAGUUCGUUGUAAAAACUGACUCAUCUAGACGGCUCACGAUGUUAUCAGUGCAGUGUUGACAGUGGUGACAGAUAUUCUCAUGCUUGUAAAGGAAGUGUGGUUGUCUUAAAAAGGUUAUUACUGAUCGUUAUCAUUUUGUGUGGUCUGCUCAGAUCUGCGGGAAGCUGUGACCAGGCUGAGGAGUUCAGAUGUCCACGCCGUCUCUGGGGUCCUCAAACUUUACUUGAGAGAGCUGCCAGAGCCCCUCAUACCUGCUGAGCUGUUUCAGAGUCUGGCCAACGCUCUGGGUAAGAGCAAACAUCAGCUUCACUGCAGCGUAGAGGGGUUUAAACUGAGGACGGUUAGAGGUUCGAGGAUGUUGGACUCCUCCUACUGCCUCUUAUUUUGUUAUUAAUAGGUUUGUGUGUGUGUGUCUGUGUUCAGAGGUCUUUUACUACAGAGUAAAAAAAAACAACCCUUUUUUUUCUUUCCUGUAGACAUCGCAGACAUGAACUCUCGCCUCAUUCCCAUGAUGUCUCUGCUGCAGUCCUGCCCUGACACCAACCGCCACACCUUCCUCUAUCUGCUGCACCAUCUGCAACGGUCUGACAGCAAUCACCCAACACAUCACUCCUACGUUUAAUAAAGAAGAUCUUUAAAACUUUAAAGCAAAACUUUAUAAAUAACUCUUUUGACUUUUUUUCUCUACAGAGUCUCUGAACAGCAAGAAGUCAACAAGAUGACCCUCCUGAAUCUGGCUACAGUGUUUGGUCCCAGUCUCUUACGCCCCCCUGUGGUUGGAGCGGGACAGGACGGCCCCACAGUCGAUAUCUCCCAAGAGGUGGUGGUUCAGGUGGGAGUUAAACAGAGGAAAGAUUAGUCUGCUGGAAACUAAAAAAAGAUGAUAAUAAUGAUGAUAAUGGAAAUGUUUGUAAUUCUGUCUGUUUUAAACAGUUUGAAAGUUUCUGUCAAAUUUAUUUCUUCAUAUUUUAUUUUAAUCUUUCCUACUCUAAAAAUUAAAUCAUAAAUGUUUAUCCACUAUAGGCACAUUAAGAUAAUUUUUAAAUUCACAGAUCACUCAUAUGUUAUCUAGUAACUUUUGAUUUAAUUAAGCAUUUCUAUAAGGAUAUGUGAAUCCCUCUCUGUAAAAUAAGGCUAGAUUAGUACUUCAAAAAAAAUGUUUUUCAAUUUUAAAUGAAUUCUUAAAAAAUUUAAAAUUUAAAACUAGUUAAAUUUAAUAUUUUUUUCUAAAAAAACAUAUGAAAAUAAAAUAAAAUAUCCAUAGUUUUGGAGGUUUUUAAAAUGUAUGUUUUUAACUCUUCUCAGUUGCCAAAAAGCAAAAACAUCUGGUUAAAAUACACAAAAUAUGUGCAGUGUUUGUAAAGCUUACUACAAUUUUAUAUUAAAAUAGAAUAAAAUAAUAGUUUUCAAAUUGUUCCGAUUUUGCAGCUCAUCCUGUCAGAUAAGAAAAGGAAAAGAUCAAAUAAGAUACGAUAAGAAAGAGAGAUAAAGGGAGAUAAAGUAAGAGAAGAAAAGGUUGAAGAAGAUACUAAAAAAUAAGAUAAAAUGAGAUACAAUAAAUAAAUGAAAGAUAAAAUAAUAUAAGAUGUUCUCCAUUUUUCCCACAGUGGGGACAUUUCCAUUGUUUACAGCAGUAGAGGAUCAUAGCAGACACAGAGGAACACAGAUGAUUGUAAAAACGUUAAGUUAGAAAAAUACUUAAGUUUUGGACUUGAUAAGAACUUUAGCAUUAAGACAAACUUUUUGAACCAUGUUGUUUCAGGCGUUUUAACUUCUGUUAGUAGAUCUCUAAACAGACAGAGAGAUCAGGAAAAAGACCCAUGAGGCAGCGACGACUGUGACCAGGAAUACAGCCUCUGUAGGCGGGUCGCUCCCAAACCUCUGAACCAGUCUGCAUCCUGAUUAUAGAGAGUUUCAACAAUAUCAUGAAAGACAUGAAAGUUAAAAUGACUUACUUUUUAAUCAGUUUGAUCCCGGGAAAGUUUGAAAACUGAAAAUCAACGUCAUCCUUUAUGUGCAGCAUUUUCUGAUACACUGUUUUUACAUUCUCACCUUGUGUCCGUGUUUCAGGUUCAAGUGGUUUUCAGCUACCUGCAGUGCAAUAACCUCCCUGAAGCUCAGACCUCUCUGCCUUAUGACACAGACAGCGAGGAUGAGACCACCCACGUGUGA